CGGCUGAAAAAAAUCAGUUUCAUUCGCAAGCUGUUGCAACUCAUUUCACCAACUCAAUCUACGCACUGUUGUAGUUUUGUCAAUACUUCAGUGCCAACACUUCGAACAUCCAUCGAUCUAGAAUUAUCGUCUCACUGUUUCCCUAUCGAGAGAUCACUGAGGGGUCAUCAUGAUUUUGGCAGCUCGAAAACAUCUCUUUGCCACCAAUAUCAUUUUCUUCUUCAUCAUUUUCGUGGUACAGAAAUUCAUCCAGCUUUUCUGUAUCAUUGAGGAGAAGGCCUGCAAAAAUGCCAACUGUCCGGGGGACAAGCGAUGUGAUGAACGUUGUGUUGUAUCAACUGGUGUUGUUCCGUCACCAUCAGCACCACAAAUGGCAGCUGCAGGCCUACCCCUCGUCAAACCAUCCUCGUCAUCCAACUCCAUACCAUCGCCCACACCCACACUCACUCCCACACCUUCACCACCACCAUCGCCAACACCCCCAGUGAGAGGUCUAAGACUGAUACCCAUGGCCAUGCGUAAGAAUUUGCGAAAUUUCGGAUUCGGCGAAGGUCACUUUCAGCUAUUCGUCGAAGAGAAACAGCGUCAGAAGUACAUAUCGAAAUCUCGCCUCAAUGCGGCCGUAGCUGAAGUCAAACUCAAUCCCAAUUAGCUUUCCGAAGUAAUUUGCAUCAGAGUAAUUUGGACAAAGAUUUAAAUCGAACGAACGAUCGAUUGUGAAAUAUUGGUACUAUGCGAUCAAGUGAUAUGUUUAUCAGAAUAAAUACAAAUUUUUAAUUUUCAUAUUCAA